CUGCAUAUUGCAGUCUGUGAGAACAGGCCGGACUGCUGUAGUCUUCAUGUCACAGUCUGCAUUCGCGGGAAAUGCAGAGGAAUGAAGCUGGCACAGCGCCUACUGCGGUCUGCACAUCACACUCAUAAAAUCACGUCCCACUGGUUUGCACUGUAAUUGGUUGCUCUCACACAAGCCACAGCGGAGAGCUCGCCGGACUAUCGCGACAAGUUGCUCGAGUGACGUCGGUGCGACUCGUUGACUACUUGCAAUUGUCACAAGAUUAUCUGAGGUUUUUCGCGCGAUCCUAAAUAAGCACAGAAAGAGACUGCAGCACUCUCGCCACCUCCAAGGGACGCGCUGCUUAACAGGCCAAGGCGCGGAGCAGCGAGCGCAGGCAUUUCAGUCUGUUGAUGGAUGCAAGACAGAGGGGUUUGAGAGAUUCGACAUGGACCACAUAACAAUCUGAUGUUUAUUGUAAAACAAUAUUUUUAAAAAAAGAACAAAUGCUCUGAAUUCAUCUGUUUCCCUUUUGUGCUUCUUGUUGACCAGAACAACGGGACCGCUGACUUUUUGCAGGUGGAUAAACUGACUUUUUGCAGGUGGAAUAGCCUGUUUUCUCCAGAAGGCAGUACUGAAAUCAAAACCUGCUCCAUUGUUAUUCUUGGCAUCGGUCGAGGCGCUGAAACCAUCAGCACUCUGAAAUCUGUUUUUUUUUUUUGUUUGUUGGUUUGUUUUCCCCUUGCGCAAGCGGUCGGUGCGCUCCUGCGUUUGGAUCAUGGGUUGUACAGUGAGCGCCGAGGAUAAAGCUGCUGCCGAGAGGUCAAAGAUGAUUGACAAAAACCUCCGAGAGGACGGAGAGAAGGCAGCCAGAGAAGUGAAAUUGCUUUUAUUAGGUGCCGGGGAGUCUGGGAAGAGCACCAUUGUAAAGCAAAUGAAGAUCAUCCAUGAAGAUGGCUACUCAGAAGAUGAGUGUAAGCAGUACAGAGCAGUGGUUUAUAGUAAUACCAUCCAAUCUAUAAUGGCCAUUGUUAAAGCCAUGGCCAGUCUGAAGGUAGACUACAGCAAUCCUGCCAGAGUGGAUGAUGCCCAGCAGCUCUUUGCCCUGGCUGCAGAUGCUGAAGAACAGGGCAUUCUCCCUGAUGACUUGGCUAAUGUGAUCAGGCGAUUGUGGAGUGACAGCGGCAUACAGAGCUGCUUUGCCAGAUCGCGAGAAUACCAACUCAACGACUCGGCAGCAUAUUACCUGAAUGACCUGGAGAGGAUAGCUAAAGCAGAUUACAUUCCGACCCAGCAAGAUGUGCUACGAACUCGGGUUAAGACAACUGGCAUUGUUGAGACUCACUUCACUUUCAAGGAACUCCACUUCAAAAUGUUUGAUGUGGGAGGCCAGCGCUCAGAGAGAAAGAAGUGGAUUCACUGUUUUGAAGGAGUAACAGCCAUUAUCUUUUGUGUUGCACUGAGUGCAUAUGACCUAGUGCUGGCUGAGGAUGAGGAGAUGAACCGAAUGCAUGAGAGCAUGAAGCUUUUUGACUCCAUCUGCAACAACAAAUGGUUCACCGAAACCUCCAUCAUCCUCUUCCUCAACAAGAAGGAUCUUUUUGAGGAGAAGAUUACUCGCAGCCCCCUUACAAUCUGCUUCCCUGAGUACACAGGUGCCAACAAGUUUGAUGAAGCUGCCAGUUAUAUCCAGACCAAGUUUGAGGACCUGAACAAGAAAAAGGACACCAAGGAGAUCUACACACACUUCACCUGUGCCACUGACACCAAGAACGUGCAGUUUGUCUUUGAUGCUGUCACUGAUGUUAUUAUUAAGAACAACCUAAAAGAUUGUGGUCUUUUCUAAAGGACAAAACCCGACGCACACAGACUGCAUGAGUGACUUCAAUAGCCAUGUGACGAUUACUGCUUUUCAUAAUGAAAACCAUAAGAGAACUGAUUCCUAGAGGUGGAACCUGAAAUAACUUUUACCAUCACUGUUUUGCAACUAUCACAUUAUCUGUCUAAUCUGUUGUUAUUGUUUUUAUAUACUGUAUAGCUUUCUGCCCCUUAUCAGGGGUUACCUGUUCCACAUAUAUGACCAAGAACCUUCUAAUUUGGCAAAAGCAAUCUAAUAACAAUUAAGGCAUUUAUAAUACCAGCCAAAUGUUUGGACACACCUUCUUAGUCAGUGGGUUUUCAUUAUUUAAAAAUUGUCUGCAUUGUAGAUUAAUACUAAAGUCAUCCAACCUACGAAGAAAUACAUAUGGAAUGAUUUAGUAAACAA